AUUGGCCAUGUUCCUUUCUAUUCACAGAUGGUGAUAAUAGGAGUGAUAAUGUGGCAAAAGAUUGGUAUUUCGGUCCUUGUCGGCAUUGGAUCGUUAUUGAUUAUCGCUCUAAUAGUACAAGGAACCUUCAGCUUGUUGAGCCGCAAAAUCAGAGCCAUGAUCGCGCCACUGACCGACCGAAGAGUACAGCUGAUGAGCGAACUUGUAGCUGGGAUACAGGUAGUGAAGAUGUACGCCUGGGAGAAACCGUUCAGCAAGAUCGUGUCGGUGACCAGAGAGCUGGAGAUCAAGACGAUUAAAUUCUCGUCAUAUGUACGCGCCGCGUAUUUAGCCAUCAUAGUCUUCACUGAACGACUGACCCUCUAUUUCACUCUGAUAAUGUUCGUUCUAACGGGAAAUGAACUGACUGCCGAUGUGACCUACGAAAUGUCGACGUACUUCAACAUGCUUCAACUCACUGCCGCAUUGUAUUUUCCGCACGCACUGAUAAUGCUGGGCGAAUCCAUGGUGUCUCUGAAUCGAUUGGAGGAACUUAUGCUGAUGGACGAAGUAAACAUGGGCCAUUCGGAGAAGACUCCGCAGUUACAGUCUAAAUUGCAGAAAUCAAACGAAGCAACUGAUGAGGAGAAGCAAACAGACAGAUACAUCUCGAAAAAUGGGAGUAUCGGGCUUUCCGAGCCUCAGGGAUUAGCUGACCUACCGGUCUGCGUAAAGCUUCAGCGUGUCUCCGCCAAUUGGACCAGCGGCCAAUUGCCACCGACUUUGUGCAACAUUAAUUUGACCAUCAAGCCAGGUCAGUUAUGCGCUAUAGUCGGCGCCGUGGGCUCCGGCAAAUCGUCCGUGCUACAUCUGCUGCUAAAGGAGCUGGAUCCCGGCGCCGGUUCCGUGAUCCUCACCCAGGGCUCCUCCAAGUAUAACUUUCAGGGCAAUUUGUCCAAUGGUUACUUUACGAGCAAUCCGAAUCUGCGCAUCUCCUAUGCCAGUCAGGAACCCUGGCUCUUCGGUGGUACUGUGAGGGACAAUAUAUUGUUUGGCCAGCCUUACGACAAGGCCAGAUACAUGCAGGUGGCAAACGUAUGUGCCUUGACGAAAGAUUUCCGGCAGUUUCCACAAGGAGACAUGACGUUGGUGGGCGAUAGGGGUGUAUCAUUGUCUGGAGGUCAAAGAGCUCGAAUCAAUCUCGCGAGAGCAGUUUAUAGACAGGCAGAUCUCUAUUUGCUGGACGAUCCCUUGAGCGCGGUUGAUACUCGCGUCGCCAGACAUCUCUACUGGAAGUGCAUUACCGAGUAUCUUCACGGCAAGACAAGGAUACUUGUCACCCAUCAGUUGCAAUUCCUCAAACGAGCGGAUCACAUCGUCAUGCUGGAUCGAGGUUUCGUAAAGAUGCAAGGAAGCUAUAACGAAUUAGUACAGUCGAAUAGAGAUUUUAUUAGGAUGAUGGACAAUUUAAAUCACGAAAAAAUUGAAGCGCAAAAAAAAGAAGAGGAAUUAAGAAGAGUCUCGCAAAUGUCUAUGAGAAGAAUAACAGUAGCGAGACGAGCCUCGGGAAUAUCGAUAGCAAGUUCUAUUCAAUCGGACAUCGAAGAAUUCGAGUACGAGGAGAACAGCCAAGAAGCCGAGAUGAUGGCACACGGUCGAAUAUCCGGCAGAGUAUACAAGAACUAUUUGCAUCACGGUGGCAACUACUUUAUCCUGUUAAUACUGUUACUGAUCUUCGUCAUCAGUCAGGUUGCCACCACCGGAAAUGAUUACUGGCUCUCAUACUGGACCAAUUUGGAAGACGUCAGGCGUAUCGAAAACACUAGUGACACCAAAAAGUUCGCGAGCAUGUACAACGACACCUUCCUUGGGUCGAUCUUUACGCUGAACCCGGACGGUCUGCUUAGCACUGUGGAUGCCAUAUAUGUAUACACGUUCUGUAUUAUCGCUUGCACCGCUACCACGUUGUUCCGUAGUUUCCUCUUCAUGAAGGUUUGCAUGAGCUCAAGCUACAAUCUCCACAACACCAUGUUCUCCAAUCUGCUGCAGGCGCGCAUGUCCUUUUUCCACACCAAUCCUUCCGGGAGAAUUUUAAACAGAUUUUCGAAGGACAUGGGCACGAUGGACGAGUUGUUGCCUAAAUCGAUGUUAGAGGCACUCCAAGUGUGUUGCGUGGUGCUGGGUAUAAUGGUCAUGGAAGCGAUAAUUAAUCAAUGG